GUGUGAGGAAAAUGUGCGUGCUCUCUCCGCUCACUCUCUCCGCUCACUCUCAGCGCUCACUCUCGGUGCUUACUCUCAAAAAGGGAAAGUUCAACAGGAGCGUCGACAGAUCUGUCACGAAAAUGUGCAACUUCUUUGUCUAGCGUGUGAGGAAAAUUAUGUGCAACUUUCAUUUCCAGCUGAAAGAUGUGUGAGAAUACAAACAGUAAAUACUAGAAAUAUAAUAAUUUAGAGAUACGUUUUAGAAAUGCUGCCUUCGACGUGAAGUCUGCGAAGGAGAAUAUUAUGGAGAACUUGGAAGAUUCCAAACAGCUGUGAUUCCUUUUCUGAUACUUCUGCUCAUAAAAAGUAUCUGAUAUCUUGGCGGUGAACAUGACAUUCUGCGGAAUACUUCUUACAUUCGAACUUGAUCGGAUAUUAUCGAAGGUCUCGUAUACGAGGCCUGGUGGACUCCACGAAGAAAUCUUCUAGCGAGAGCAAGGCUCUUUUCCGGCUCCAUUGUCAAAAUACUUAGAGAUCGUGAACUUGCAGAAGAAAAAAAAAGAUAUCUGCCUGACGACAGAAAGAUGCCAGCACUGUUGUGUGUGAGGUGCAUCACCAAAACACCUCCAUCCCACAGACACGUAGCGAGGAAAGGGAGCUUUGUGGCGUCCGAUACGCUGGAGUUCUGUCUGCGAGCAUGCGCCUUGUGGUGGCUUCCAUUGCUCAUGACGUCAGUUCCGGCAGUGGCGACUUCCGGAGUACAGAAGAACAUCACAAUUGGCGUGAUGCUGUCUAUGUCUGGGCCCAAGUCUCUGGGUGUGGAGGCGAGGCGGGCUAUAGAGCUCAGUUUUCAGCGCAUCAACGAUUCGCCCCAAUACUCCGCCAUCACGGACCAGGACUACGUCUUUCAGUAUCUCUUGGACGAUGUACCCUGUGACCCCUCGGACGCCUUCGCCGCUAUGUUGGAUAUUUUCUCCCGCAGUGGGGAGCAUCUGCAUGGUUUGGCGCAGGACGCUUUUGUUGGCCCCAGCUGUGACGAAGUGUGCCAGCCUGGAGGUAGACUGGCCAGAUACUAUGACGUACUCAUGAUCUCUUACGGCUGCGAGAGCUCCAUCUUUGAUGACAAGGAGGAGUUCCCAACUUUUGGACGUACCACACCAACAUUCAAAGACAUGGAGGCCUUCUUUGCGGAAGUGAUUGCUCACUACAAAUGGCCGCGUGUCACUUUGGUUACCAUGACAACGCCCGUUUGGCAGGAGACUCUUACAGAGUUUGAGUCUCGCAUCGGCUCCAAGUCGGUCCAGGUGAUGCGACUGUCGCUGGAGUCAGUGACCUUCAUCAGGAGCCAGGAGUUUGUUGAGGUGCUGAAGAACGAGAGCGAGAGGUCACGAGUGUUUGUCUUGCUCAUGUACUCUGACGCCAUGUUGGAGUUUAUGCGACAGGCAGACAGGGCGGGGCUUAGAGACGGACGGUACGCCUUCCUGUCAGUGGACUACGCCGGGAGCUCCGCCCACACGGGGGAUCUGACAUUCCUUGAUGUCUUGGUGUAUGGUGGCAUUUAG